UGAUAUACUUUGCCUUACACCCUUUAUCUGAACUGUCAAUCCUCAUUUCUCUGAACUACUCAACUGGUCAAAUCACACUUUUCUUACACCCUUCAACACCCCACCCCCCUAAACCUCCUAUCUAAAGAACACAAAAACACUCAACACACUGACACUUCUGAGGGUCUGUUGUGUUUUGUACUGAGAUGAAAGGACAAGCUAGCUAGUGUACCCCAUGUUUUUGCUGCAGCUGUUACUGAGUCAUGUAUUUGGUGCCUGCAUUUCUCUUUACUAGUGCUACUGUGGCUGAUAUUUAGCCAUUUGUAGGGUGAUCCUUUUGAGACUUGUGUUCUUAAAGUUCAGAUCAACUGUCAUGGAUGCAUGCAGAAGGUGAAGAAAUUGCUUAAAAGAAUUGAAGGGGUUUAUCAAGUGAAAAUGGAUGUGGAUGAACAAGUGGUCAUAGUAUCUGGGAAUGUGGACUCAGCAACACUGAUCAAGAAGCUAAACAAAUCUGGAAAACAUGCAGAGCUUUUAUCAGAAAACCCAAUGGAAAACCAAGAAACAGAACUACUCCACAAGUGGUUAAAUGAUGACUUUUACCAAAACCAGGGAGGUCUAAGCUGGUGUGACGAUGAGAAGACUCAAAACAGAGAACUCCUUAACUGGCUCAAUAAUACCAAGCAUCAAAACCAAAUGCACAGCUUGUACAAUUCUCUUGGAGCCUCCAAGAGACGGCCUAUGUGUGCCCCUAUUGAACGAGGCUUCGAUCACUGGGGCAACAAACAGUUUUUGGACCAGAGUAUUGGAAUUGACUCUCUCUCAGGUGAGGCAAAUCGGAACCUUUUUGCACUAGGAAACAUGGAUUAUCCAUAUAAUGUUCAGGAAGAAAGCAUCAUUAACAAUGCAGAUUUCGGAAGAACUUCUGCAUUUGGAUAUCUCCAAAGUCUACAAGGUAGAAGAAAUUCAAUGGUUGAUUUUCAAGGUCUCCGAGACAGUAAUCCUAGUCUUGCUCCAAACCAAGGUCUCAGAAGUAUUAAUUCCUGUUUUGCUAAUUUGGGAAGUGAAGAACCAGGUCUACAGAACUUACACACUGCUCAAGGGGAAUAUGGAUAUCAACCAAGGCCAUUCAGUGAGAUGAAUGACAUGCAAGCUUUCCAUUACAAACAUCCAUCUUCAACAAUGAACUCUUUUUUUGAUUACCCUCCAACAAUGAUGAACUCUUACAGGCAGAAUAGCCAUGACAAUGGCAUUGGCAACAUCAUCAAUGAUAUUUACACAUAUCAACCAGGAAGGAUUCUUAAGCAGAUACCCUAUGGUGUCUUCCCACCCAGCAUCAGCCAUUCUUGGAACAUGAAUAACUAUAACAAUUGAGAGACUUACCAUCCGUACCUAUAUAUAUAGAUUAGAUUUCAGU